AUGGAUCAGGUCGAUUCGUUUAGGAUUUCAGAGGAUGAGCUUGCCAAGUGGGAGAAGGGCUGUGAGUCCUCCGGUAAAGAAGCACAGGCAUUGGCCAAUGGCAUGAUUGGACCAUCUUUGGGGCCGUUGAAAGAUAUCCAAAAUGAAUCUACCUCUAAAAUUUCGGAUAGUUUUGCUGAAACUGACAUCCCAUCUUUUCGUAAUACUGCAUCUUGUGUUGUUAUGCCUUUACAAAGUCCUACCAAUGGGGCCUAUUACCCCACUAGUACAGCGUGUCAUGGAUCUUCCACCUCUGGAAGUGUUGCUUAUUCUGCUCCAUUUGGUACUUCCGGACUGCCUGUCAAACCCUGUGUCACAACACAUGGACAUCAGGGUAUGCCAAGUACAAACGUGUUUCAUAGUGCUGAUGCACAAAUGAAAGGUGCUCAAUCUACUUCCCUCGGAAAUGGACCAAAUCCACCGUCUUCUUCUUUUGUAUAUGAAUGUGAUUUUUUGGUUGCAGUCAUGCUUGUAGAUUUUAGUUUGCAGAUAUAUUUCCUUGGACUAGUUUCUGAUCUACAUCUGGUCCAACAGGGCCACUCUGGAGGGAAAUUCAAUCAGGGCCUGAAAGCAAAUGUGCAUACUGGUGCUCCUCCUCCAUGGUUAGAAGCUAGUGAGCAUGAUCCAAAGAAUGUGUCACUCGCCAGCUAUGCUCUUCCAUCUUCUCUGAAAGGAAAAUCAAGAAAACUUAACCCAAAGCGUGUUGGAGCUGCAUGGGCAGAGAGAAGAAGAGCUGAAAUGGAGGUGGAAAAGCGAGGUGAGGUCGUUGCAGAAACGCCUGAUGCUAGUUGGCUCCCUAAUUUUGGUGGUGUCUGGCAAUCUGGUUCACGAAAGGAAUCGAGGAAAGAGUUUGAGAAAAAUCAUAAGCUUAAAGAGGAGAACAAUCCUGAGUUACUCCCUGAGAUAAAACCAUAUAUCAGCAAAAGGAUGUGUAUAGAUGGUCCUGCUAUCUCUUUUCCAAAUGUCACCCGAACGUGGGAGAAUCAAUCAAGAGCAAUUACAGCACCUGGUAUGAAGCAUUGUUUGUUACCGAGUGCAUCAGUCAGGUCGCGUGAAUUCGCCUUGAAGGCGCUGUGA